CUGUUCGCUCCUGGCGUCACGAACGAAAGUGAAUUACGCAGUUUUCCUCCUCGCGUUACUGCGGGCGAGAAACGAGUACCAGAGAGCUAAGUUGACGUUUCAUACAGUUUCUUUGCAUUUCGCAAGAGUAUACGGAAUAUUCUCAGCGGAGAAUUAACCUGGGACAUCAACUGAUCAUCCAAACACUAGCUACAACGCAUGCAGUCCGGAUAGUGAAAACAGAAGAUGUUCAACAAAUCUUUCGGCGCCCCGUUCGGGGGCGGCACCGGGGCGUUCGGCACUUCGUCCACGUUUGGUCAACAGAACACUGGUUUCGGAGCCACGGGUGGUUUUGGGGCCUCUGCCUUUGGGGCCACUAACAGCACCGGGGGACUGUUUGGUGCCGCGCAGAACAAGCCAGUGGUGACAGCAAACCCUCAGCCCAGCUUCACUGGAGCGGGUCGAGGAGGCGGCCUCUUCGGCUCCAGCACCUUCAGCCAGCCGGUGACCUCGUCCACCAGCACCGGGUUCGGGUUCGGGGCGGCCGGCGGGACGACCAACAGCCUGUUCGGCAGCGCCGGCGCCGGGGGCGGCCUCUUCUCCCAGCAGAACAAUGCCUUCGCCGCCAACAAGCCCGCCUCCUUCGGCACCUUUGGCACCAGCACCAGCAGUGGGGGCCUGUUUGGGACGACCAACACCAACUCCAACCCCUUCGGCGGGGCGUCAGCGUCCCUGUUCGGGCCCUCGGGCUUCACCGCCACGCAGUCGGGGACGACGCUCAAGUUCAACCCUCCCUCAGGAAGUGACACGAUGGUGAAAGGGGGAGUGACCACCAGCAUCAACACCAAGCACCAGUGCAUCACGGCCAUGAAGGAGUACGAGAACAAGUCUCUGGAGGAGCUGCGGCUGGAGGACUACCAGGCGGGGCGGAAGGGCCCCUCCAACCCCAUGGCCGCCGGCACCGGCGUGCUUUUCGGGGGCGCCGCCGCGGCCACGCCCAGCACCGCCGCCGGCCUCUUCGGCUCGUCCGCCACUAACACGGGCUUCUCCUUCGGCCAGAACAAGACCUCCUUCGGAACCAGUACGGGCGCGUUCGGCACGGCCACCGGCAGCCUGUUUGGCGCGCAGCCGCAGCCGGCCCAGCAGGCCUCCAGCCUCUUCAGCAAGCCCUUCGGCCAGCCCACCACCACCCCCAACACCGGCUUCUCCUUCGGCAACACCAACACCAUGGGCCAGCCCAACACCAACAGCAUGGGUCUGUUUGGAAACACGGUGGCGUCCCAGGCGGGGGGUCUGUUUGGGAACACGGCCAACACCAGCACGGCCACCGCCUUCGGCACCGGCACCGGGCUGUUCGGCCAAACCAACACCGCCUUCGCCACCGGCACACCGAACCUGUUCGGCAACAAGACGGCCGGGUUCGGCACCACCACCACCAGCGCCCCGUCCUUCGGCACCGGCACCGGCCUGUUUGGGAACAAGCCCACCCUCACCCUGGGCACCAACACCAACACCUCCAACUUCGGCUUUGGCGCUAACACGGCUGGCGGAGGCCUCUUCGGGAACAAAACGGCGACGGGAGGGCUGGGGACCGGCCUGGGGACCGGGUUUGGGGCCGCUGUGGGCACGGGCCAGACGUCUCUGUUCGGGAACACCCAGAACAAGCUGGGCUCCGCCCUGGGCACGGUGGGGGCGUUCGGGGCCCCUGGGUUCAGCACCGGCACCAGCGGCCUGGGGUUCGGGGCCCCGCAGCAGCCUGUCGCUCUGACAGACCCCAACGCGGCGGCCGCCCAGCAGGCUGUGAUGCAGCAGCAGAUCAACGCUCUGGCCUACUCGCCCUUCGGAGACUCCCCCCUCUUCAGGAACCCCCUGUCUGACCCCAAAAAGAAGGAGGAGCGUCUCAAACCCACCAAUCCAGCGGCCCAGAAGGCGCUGACCACGCCCACUCACUACAAGCUGACCCCGCGGCCAGCCACCAGGGUGCGCCCUAAGGCCCUGACCUCCUCCAGCUCCUCCAAGUCCCAGCUGUUCGACGGCCUGGACGACGACGAGCCGUCCCUUAGCAACGGCUCCUUCAUGCCCAGGAAGAGCAUAAAGAAGCUGGUGCUGAAGAACCUGAACGGCAGCAGCCUGUACUCCGCCGUGGGCCGGGAGACGGAGGACCUGGCCUCCCCUGCGGAGUACCCCGAGAACGGGCUGAGCGUGCCGGAAACCAGGCCCCAGGAGGAGGAGGAGGCGGAGCCCGAGAGGCCGGAGGAGGAGCUGGAGGAGGUGACCAAGUUCUACACCAACCCCAUCGCCAAGCCGAUCCCACACCCGCUGGAGGGCAGGCUGAGCCGGCAGAGCCAGGCCCUGCAGGACACCAUCGCCGAGCUGAACGUCCGGCCCGCCGGGGCCUCCAACGGCCUGGAGCUCAGCAGCGAGGACGCCUCCCUCGCCGACGACUCCGCCCAGGAGGAGCAGGAGCCCGACGCCCCCCCGGCCCCGCAGCACCCCGCUGGCAUCGUCCUGUGCAGAGUGGGGUACUACACCAUCCCGUCCCUGGAGGAGCUGGGCAGCAUGCUGAACGAGAACGGGGACUGCCUGGUGGAGAACUUCACCGUGGGCCGGAAGGGUUACGGCUCCAUUUUCUUCCCUGGGGAGGUGAACCUGACCGACCUGAACCUGGACGAGAUCGUGCACUUCCGGCGGAAGGAGGUCAUCGUCUACCCCGACGACAAGGCCAAGCCCGCCGUGGGAGAGGGCCUCAACAGGACCGGCUCCUGGGUGUUUGAGGUGGCCCAUUUCUCCAAGUACGGCCUCCAGGACUCCGAUGAGGAAGAGGAGGCUCCGCCCGCCAAAACGGACCCAAAGAAGCUGAAGACCGCUGCCGCAGUUCCGCCCCCCCAGCAGCAGGUGGCGCUCAAUGGAAAACCCACACCACAGAGCACGGCCGUGCUGGAGCUCCUGUCUCGGGCCUCAGAGGUGGACAGCGACAUGGCGGACAUCACGCAGGAGCUGCCCGCAGACAGCGUGCUGGACGGGGAGGACCAGGACAGGCGGCACCCGCCCGAGGGACACGCCUGGAAACCCCGCCGAGACCACGAUCCCCGAGCUCAACCAGCCUGCAGGCAACCCACGCACACCCGUCCUGCAGGUACCCCGAAAUACCCCCGAAUCAGCAUCAACCCCCACGUCCUGCAGGUACCCCAAAAUCACCCAUCACACACCCCCGUCCUGCAGUACCCCAAAAUACCCCAAUCACAUCAACCCUGUACCCAAUCCUCAACCCCGUCCUGCAGGUACCCCAAAAUACACCCCAAAAUCACCAUCAACCCCCACGUCCUGCAGGUACCCCAAAUACACCCCAAAAUCACCAUCAACCCCGCCUGCAGGUACCCCAAAAUACACCCUAAAAUCACCAUCAACCCCCACGUCCUGCAGAUAAUGAAGUCCUCCCUGUUCAUGGAGGAUGAGGAGGGAGAGCUCUUCCCCAGGCUGGGAUUUAGCCUGUCUUCCCCGGGAUUCGACCAAUCAAAGGACCUGGGCUCACCUCGUCUCCUCCUGCCCCCCCAACAGGGGCGACCGUCCGGAGGACUGCUCCAGGCCCGGUUCAGCACGGGGGCGGGGCUGUUCUCCCAGCUCCCCGAGGCCCCGUUCGGGGGCGUCCCCCAGCGGCUGUCCCGGACGUCCGCGGCGGACGCGUCGCGCCUGUCCCCCUGGCCCUCGCCGGGGCCCUCGUUUCGGCUGCCCGCCCCGGCCCCCGAGCCCUCGCUGCGCACGGUGGGCACGCAGCGCCAGCCGGACCUGGUGCCCGCGGGCAGCUCGGUGGCGCGGGACAAGGGCAAGCUGCUGAUGGACGCCGCCCUGUUCAUGGGCCGCUGCUUCCGCGUGGGCUGGGGGCCCAACUGGACCCUGGCGCACUGCGGGGACCCCCUCAGCGGGCCCGCCGGGGCCCCCCAGGACACCCCCGCCCAGGCCCUGGAGUUCGGCUUCCUGCCCAAACUGGCCAAGAGCGCACCGGUUUCGGAGAGCCCCUUCCGGGUGCAGGUGGAGCGGGUGGUGGACGCGGAGCGGGGGGCGAGCGAGGAGGCGCUGGCGCUGUUGCGGCGCCCCCUGGAGAUCGAGCUGAAGCACAGCAGGGUGAGCGCGGAGGGGGCGUGUCCCUUCGUCCAGCCGGCCCCCGGGGUGGACGCCCUGCACGAGUACGCCGACUGGAUCAGCGAGGUCACCGCGGAGACCGGCGCUGCUGAUGGUACGCUCCUGCACACAUACACACCUCACACGCAUGCAUACACACGCCACGCACGCACACCUCACACACGCAUGCGCACCCACUCAAGUGCCACGCACGCAUACACACAGUCUUGCACCAAGUCCCUCACACUCACUCACACACACACACUCACUCACACACACACACACACACACACAGUACCUCACUCACACAUGCAUGUGCACGUACAUACACAUAGAUCCACACACGCGGGCCCGUGGGGGGCUACGCCGCUGGACGGAGCGGGCCGGCUGGGGGAGGCGGAGGGGAGGAGGAGGUGGGCGGGCUACGCCCACCACUGGAGCCAGCGGACGCCUCUCAGCCCUGACCGGCCGCCGCGGACAGGGAGGGCUGUGGCAGCUGGGGUCCAUCAGCCGGGACUGCUGGGGUUGAACUGGGGACUGAGCGGGCUGAAGGUCUCCUCGGGGAUGGCUGGAAUGCAUUCCCCUGUGUAUCUGGUGAAUGAGGCUCUGCGGCUCACUCAGGACAGGCUCACUCGUGUCCGAGCCUACUCUGUCACCAGCGUCACUCACUCGGACCUGCAGGCAUCAGCUGCGGACUCCAGCCUGAGACGGACUCCUCCUGUACCUGUGAAGGUGUGGCAGACGUCGGACAGCUGUGUGAACGUGUGCUCUGAGCUGGACUGGCAGCGCUGUCUGGCUGUGCACCUGUGGUACCUGCUGCCCCCCACCGCCUCGGUCGCCGACGCGCUCAGCAAGUACCAGGCCGCCUUCCAGGGCACCAGCGAGGGGCAGAAGUACGCCUGCGCCCCCCUCCCCCCGUACCUGCACCUGGAGGAGGAGCCAGAGGAGGAGGGGGAGGAGCAGAGGCCGCUCUACGACAUCUGCUUCCACCUGCUGAAGCUGUACAGCGACCGCCACUACAGCUUGCAGCAGCUGCUGGACCCCUGCACGGUGACCAGCGACCGGCUGGACUACCGCCUGAGCUGGCACCUGUGGAACGUGCUGCAGGCGCUGCACUACACGCACCUGUCCCAGCAGCACCAGGGCCUGCUGCACGCCAGCUACGCCGCCCAGCUGGAGAGCGCGGGACUCUGGGAAAUGGCCGUCUUCGUGCUGCUGCACAUACCCGACCCCGCGCAUCGUGAGAGGGCGGUCCGAGCGAUGCUGGACCUGCACUGCCCCCUGGUGGAGACGGAGGACUCUGCGGAACGGGAGCACUUCCUGACGGAGAAGCUGCUGGUUCCGGUGCAGUGGAUCCACGAGGCCAAGGCCACGCGGGCCCACCGGGAGGGAGACCGGCACCGGGAGGCCCUGCACCUCUACAAGGCGGGGCACUGGAACCAGUGCCACAGGCUGGUCAUCCAGCACCUGGCCUCAGAUUGCAUCAUCAACGAGAACCACGACUACCUGCUGGAGUUCCUGGAGGGCCUGUCUGCUCCGGAGCGCUGCGUGCAGAUCCAGGACUGGCCCACGGUCGGCCGCGUGUUCCUGGACUACAUCCACGUCAUCCAGACCCUGCGGGCCAUACAGCAGCUGGAGAGCCCCGGGUACGAGCUGGAGAGGCUGCACAUGGAGGUCACGUCGCUCUGCAGCAGGAUAGAGCUCAUCCCCUGCAGCACGGCCAAGGACCGGCUGGCCCAGUCAGAGAUGGCGAAGCGCGUGGCGAACAUCCUCCGCGCGGUGCUGAGCCUCCAGCAGGGCGGCGACUCUGCCUCGGGGCGGCCCCACGUGCCCCUCCGCCACCUGGCCCCCCACAUCGGCCGCCUGCCCAUGCCCGAGGACUACGCCCUGGAGGAGCUGCGCGGCCUCACCCAAUCCUACCUGCGCGAGCUCGUCGUCGGCCAAUGAGACGCUUCGCUUCGAGGAAGGGGCGGACCGGUGGGAGGGGCCUCCUGCUUAAGCGGGAAAGCUGAUUGGUUGGGUCUAGCUGUAUCCUGCCCUGGAGGGAUUGACGGUAUUGAUGGACUGGGAUGGCUGGGUCUUUAGACCCCGCCCCUUCUGACACGCCUCUUGUAGUUACCUGCGGACGUUCAGUAGAUAAAGCAUUCCUUUAUGUUUUGUUUUGUUGUUUUUUUGUACUUUUUAGUUGCCUAAAGAUGUGUGUUUAAUAAUUAAACUAUAUUUUGCAGAUUUGUCGGAUGUUACUUGACCAGUCAUUUUAACCCUAUUUAAAGGGAAGGUGUCAGCUUAUGUUAUGGUCUAUGAUUUAUUAUUAUUGUUAUUUUUUCAUUUUUUUCAUGAAUGCAGAAAGCACAAAUCUCGCUGAAUGAGCUUCACCCUGGUGGCCCACACUUUGUUCUCCAGUGGACUGGCGUCCUGUGUCCCGGCGCAGUUCCUUGUCUGGUCUCACUCUGUCUUAUUUUAGGCAGGAGAGGGUCGGGGGGUGAGGUUCCGUGUUUCGUACCUUUAAAGGUUUUUCUCUGGUCCGUUAGCAGGCGCUCGACUGUCUGGCCUCAGGCUUCCGCUCGCUAAACUUGUACGUCGGAGGAAUCGGCCCCUCAUUUACGGAAGAUUAACUCCAGCUCUGUUAAACACGGGAACGGAACAAAAACCAGGCCGGUGAACCAAUCCGAAUCUUCACAGAACAGAAUGCCAAAAUAAAUCUACGAGGGAGGGGCGGGGAGGGGAUAAGAUAUAUUUUUGUAGUGUUUUACAGUUUUACCCUCUUGAGGUGAAAAGAUCUUCCUCUUGUAGGGGAGUUGGUUGAGGGUGACACUAGAGAACAGAGAGGAACUGAAAUUGAAUGGGUUGAAGGGGUCCCUGUUUGUCUCUACCAUCUCCAAACAGGCCCUUGAAUGAGGAAGGGGGGAAAACCCUGCCUUUCAAGAUCAGUUUCUGAUGUGCAUAUAUAUAUAUUGCUUGUGUGGAAGGAGGGGGAAAAAACACUGCUCCAGACUGAAUGCGUUUUUUUUUGUUUUUUUUUUUUUUAAUAUCUCAGAUGAAGUUUUUGCAUUAUAGCAGCCUUUCAACGCUCUGGGUCUGUGUUCUGGGUGGGGUAGAACCGAGCAAAUAGGGUCUCUCCUCCAUAAAUCUGUACAACUUCCUCACCCGUAGACCGAAGGAUACACCUGAGCUCAUCUCCCAUCAUUGUGACGUACUGCCGACUCUGAUGACGUGUUCGCAUUUUUUUGUUUUGUUAUUUUAAGUCCAUGUUUGUAAUAAAUGGUCACUGGUUUGCGGACGUUAUUGUUGAAAAGCCGCGAAUAGAUGCUUAAUUUUCUUUCUUUUUUUGUAUAUUAUAUUUAAUAAUUUUGCUCAAUUUAUUAUGGCCAGAAGAGAAGACCUCCGUCUGGCUCCGUGCCUUUCUAAAAAAAGGAUCUUGUCUUUCUAUGGCCGUUGGACUGUAUGCAUGGUUGUGCUAACGAUGUUUUUUUAUUAAAUAAUGAAUAAAAAUGAAUUAUUCUA